AUGCGGACGCACCAGACCGUGGCCUUUGUGAAAAAGAUGCACGCCAAGUACGACUUCUCCGAGGGCAAGGCGCGGUGCCGCAUGACGGUCCAGGAGUGCUUCCGCGUGCUGGAGAACUACGUCGACUCGUCGGACCCGGACGUGGGCCUGCCGAACAUCGUCCACAUGCUCCAGACGGCGGAGGCCAUCCGCGCCGCGGGCCACCCGGACUGGUUCCAGCUCGUCGGCCUCGUCCACGACAUGGGCAAGAUCAUGUACCUCUGGGGCUGCGCCGAGGACGGCCAGGUCGGCACGGCCGACGGGCCCCAGUGGGCCCUGGGCGGCGACACCUGGGUCGUCGGCUGCGCGCUGCCGUCGGGCGACGCGCGGCCGGGCGUCGUCUACCCGCAGUUCUCGUCGCUGAACCCGGACGCGCGCGACCCGGCGCUCAACACGCCGUGCGGCAUGUACGAGCCGGGCUGCGGCAUCGACAACCUGCUGUUCGCCUACGGCCACGACGAGUACCUCUACCAGAUGUGCACGGCCAACGGCGUCAAGCUCCCCAAGGCGGGCUUCGACAUGAUCCGCUACCACAGCGCGUACCCCUGGCACACGGGCCGCAUCUACGACCACCUCAUGAAGCCCGAGGACCACGAGGCCCUCAAGUGGGUCCUCGAGUUCAACACCUUCGACCUCUACACCAAGGACGAGGACAACGUCAUCGACGUGGAGAAGCUCUGGCCCUACUACCAGGGCCUCAUCGACAAGUACAUGCCGGGCAAGCUCAAGUGGUGA